CAAACGGCGAGUCCUUAAGACACUGCUUCUCUGUUUGUCUGCUUAGUGCAACUGCAAGCAAAGCUAAAGAGUGAAAAGAUGACAAUUCCAUUUGAUAAUGAAACUGCUCCUCUUGAUUCUGGGCUUGUCCGUCUUCAUGAACUCGGCUACAAGCAAGAGCUCAAGCGUGAACUCUCGGUCAUCUCAAAUUUUGCACUUACAUUUUCUAUUAUAUCAGUGCUUACUUGUAUAAGCACCCUUUACAACACUGGUUUAAACUAUGGUGGCCCAGUUUCGAUGGUGUAUGGCUGGUUGGUAGUUACUAUCUUCACCAUGCUUGUUGCUCUAUCAAUGGCUGAGAUUUGUUCAGCAUAUCCAACUUCUGGUGGUCUCUACUUUUGGAGCGCCAAGCUUGCUGGCCCUCAAUGGGCACCCUUUGCCUCUUGGAUCACUGGCUGGUUCAAUAUUAUUGGCCAGUGGGCAGGGACAACAAGUAUAAACUUCUCACUAGCACAACUGCUUCAGGUUAUCAUUCUGCUUAGUACUGGUGGCAAAAAUGGUGGUGGAUAUGUGGCAUCUAAAUAUGUAGUUAUUGCUAUCCAUGGUGGAAUUUUGGUCAUACAUGGUGUAAUAAACAGCCUCCCUAUCUCAAUCUUAUCACUCUUGGCACACUUGGGUGCUAUUUGGAAUGUUGUAGGUGUUUUUGUGCUUAUUAUUCUAAUCCCAUCUGUUGCAACGGAGAGGGCAAGUGUCAAGUUUGUUUUCACUGAGUUCAAUACAGAUAAUGGGGCUGGAAUCAACAGCAAACCUUACAUAUUUGUUCUGGGACUUCUUAUGAGUCACUUUACCCUAGCUGGCUAUGAUGCAUCAGCUCAUAUGACAGAGGAAACUAAGAGAUCUGAUAUAAACGGACCAAAAGGAAUUAUCAGCUCAGUUGGAAUAUCUAUUGUUGUUGGAUUCUGUUACAUACUAGGCAUUACCUUUGCAGUUACUGAUAUCCCUUACCUAUUGAGUCAAGACAAUGAUGCUGGUGGAUAUGCCAUUGCUCAAAUAUUUUAUAUGUCAUUCAAGAAAAGAUAUGGCAGUGGAUUUGGGGGUAUUAUGUGCUUGGUUAUUGUUGCUAUUGCUAUAUUUUUCUGUGGUAUGGGUUCAAUUACCAGCAACUCAAGGAUGGCUUAUGCUUUCUCAAGAGAUGGGGCCAUGCCCUUGUCAUCAUUGUGGCAUCAAGUUAAUAAGGAGGAGGUUCCUAUAAAUGCUGUUUGGCUUUCUGUUUUGAUUUCAUUUUGCAUGGCACUAACAUCUCUUGGAAGCAUGGUAGCAUUUCAGGCCACAGUGUCCAUAGCAGUGAUUAGUCUCUAUGUAGCAUAUGCACUUCCAAUAUUCUUCAAGGUGACAUUGCCAGCAAAGCAUUUUCAGCCUGGGCCUUUCAACUUGGGCCGUUAUGGGGUCAUUGUGGGCUGGAUUGCAGUUAUCUGGGUUGUGUUAAUCUCAGUACUCUUCUCACUGCCUGUUUCCUACCCAAUAACCAUUGAGACACUUAACUACACCCCUAUUGCUCUUGGAUGUUUGAUUAUUCUUAUAGGUUCUUAUUGGAUCAUCAGUGCUUGCCAUUGGUUUAAAGGCCCUUUAACCAAUAUAGAAAACUGA